CUAAAUAAUCUUACAUUUUUCCACUUGUUUCGUCUAUAUUUUCGCCACUCUCAUUUCUCAUUUCUUCCAUUGCUAGCCUCACUUUCCCUUCUCACCCCUCCCUCUCUCUAUAUGCCCUAAUAAUCUAGUAUAAAGAACACCCUUUUCUUCUUAGCCGCUAUAUCUAGCACUCUUCUAUAUCUACAUCUAUUGAACAAUCAGUGACUAAAAACAUAUAAGAGUCUUUUUUUCUCUGUUUAUUAUCAUUUUCCUCUUCAAAAUCCAUCCUUUAUCCAAGAAAAUCUGUUAGUAUAAGAAGAGGUUUGUUAAGAACAUAGAUUUUGAGUUUUUUUGAUAUAGUUAAAGAAAGAAACUUGUUUUGUUGAGUGAAAGAUUGGUAGUUAAGAUUAAAGAUUUAGUUGAGUUAUUUUCAAUGGCACCCAAUAAGGAUUGUCUUGUUUCUAGCCUUUUGUGUGCAGAAGACAACAAUAUUAUUUUUUGCAAUGACGAUGAUGAUGUUGGAUUUGGGUUUGGGUUUGUUGAGGAUGUUGUGGAAAACAGAUGGUAUCCUAGGAAUCAUCGAAAUGGCGGUCAACAAAACAAGAGGAUUUAUGGGGAAGAAUGUUUGACUACUGGUUUGCCAUUGCAGAGUGAUGAGUGUUUAGUCUUGAUGAUUGAAAAGGAAUGUGAACAUAUGCCUCUUGGUGAUUACCUUGAUAGAUUGAAAAAUGGGGAUUUGGAUAUUGGUGCUAGAGAUGAGAUUCUUGAAUGGAUUGCUAAGGUUCAUUCAAAUUUCAAUUUUGGUCCAAUGUGUGCAUACUUGGCUGUGAGCUAUCUUGAUAGAUUCCUUUCUGCCUAUGACUUGCCUAAGGGCAAAGAAUGGAUGAUGCAAUUACUUGGUGUAGCUUGUUUGUCUCUUGCUGCAAAAUUGGAGGAAACCGAUGUUCCUCCGUCUCUAGAUUUACAGGGAGGGGAUGCAAAGUUCAUAUUUGAAGCGAAAACCAUACAAAGAAUGGAGCUCCUUGUGUUGAGCACAUUGAAAUGGCGAAUGCAGGCUAUUACCCCAUUCUCAUUCAUAGAUUAUUUCCUCAAGAAGAUAAAUAAUGAUCAAAAUGCUUCAAGAUAUUCAAUCAAUAAAUCAAUACAACUCAUACUAAGCACACAAAAAGGAAUUCACUUCUUGGAAUUCAAGCCUUCUGUGAUUGCAGCAGCAGUAGCAAUCUCAGUUGCAGUAAAAACUGAGACAGUAGACAGUGAGAAAGCACUAUCUGCUCUAGUUCAGCAUGUACAAAAGGAUAAAGUGAUGAAGUGUGUUAAAUUGAUUCAAGAUUUAUCUUUGCCAAGUGAUUUAGUUAAAGGUCCAAUUGCUUCAGUCCAAUCUGUGCCUCAAAGUCCAAUCGGUGUGUUGGAUGCAGCAUGUUUAAGUUACAAAACUGAUGAGUCAGGAGGAGUUGGGUCAUAUGCAAAUUCAUCACAUAAUAGUCCAGUUAAGAAGAGAAAGCUAAAUACACCUUAUAAAGUGGAUACUUAGCGUUGGAAAAAAAUUGAGUGGAAGACCUUUUGUCAAGUAUUAUGAUAUGGUGGAAUGAGAGUUUUGGUGUGAUCUUUGAGAAUGCAAUGCACCCCACUACACAACUUUAAAAUAAAGAAAGUUAGGAAUAUUAUGGAGAAUAUGAAUACAUAAUGGUGGGGUAAAAGAGAUUGUGAGUAGUUGGAUCAUUUUGGUGGUUGAAGAUUGAAGGGAAGAUAUGUAAGUCGAGGUUUCAUGCCAUUAACAUGGAAAAAAAAAUUGAGCUGUUAAAUAUUAGACUUUCUUAACAGCUAAAGAAGCCAAGAUAAGUUAGGCAGAAAUAGAAGAUAAUGAGAUGCAAAACAAAACAAAAAUCACAAAAAAAAAAAAAAAAAAAAAACUCUUAUAGUCUGUCUUGCUUUUGAUGUUUAUCAUAGAUAAAGUUUGUUUUAGCCUUGAGGCUUUGUAUUUCUUUGAGUUUUUAAAAAAAGGAAAACAAAAACAAAAAGAGGUGGUGGAAGGUGAAAACCCCAGAGAGAAAUUUUGAGUUAUGUCCAUGAGGCAUGAGGGAGGAAGAGAAUUUUGAGUUAUUUCAUUUUAUUUGUGUUAUGUGCACUUUUGCAUUGUGUAUAUACUUUUUAUGGCUUCUUUAUGAGAUGCUAAACAAUACAGCUCAGUAAUAUCUGAUUUUGUUCUCUUAA